GAAGAUUUAUAAAUAUAACUUGAAUAUCCUGUGAGAAAUUCUCUCAGGUUAGCUUGUGUGUAGCUAGCAUUAACAGUGAAGAUUAUGAAUAGGAAUUAAAACCUAAGUUUUUAGUGUUAGCAGUAAACAUUGUACACAUUUAUGGUAUGAGUUAAAAAUCAUCUCAGAAAUCUUGCCAGAGUUGGUCGUUUAAGCCAGUUAGCUAGUGUUAGCCGUGAAGAUUAUGAAGCAUUUAUGAGUAUAACUUAAACAACCUCAUAAAUCAUGUCAAGUUAGUUAAUAUUACCUAGCUGGUUAAUGUUAGCAGUAAAGUUCAUACACAUUUAUGAAUAUGACUUAAACAACCUCUUAAAUCAUGUCAGGUUAGUUAAUAUUACCUAGCUGGUUAAUGUUACCAGUAAAGUUCAUACACAUCUCAACACUUUGUCAGAGUAGGUGAUUUAAGAUAGCUAGUUAGUCUUCGCAGUGAAGAAAUCCUGUGAGGGUAAAUAAUGUUGGAUAGUUAUCUAGUUUUAGCAGAAAAUAUUAUGAAAAUUUUAUGACUUGAAAAUCCUCUGAGAAAUCCACACAGGUUAGAUGUUAGCUAGCUGGAUAAUGUUAGCGGUAAAGAUUUUAUAAAUUUAUGAAUAUGAUGUAAUCUUAGAAAUCCUGUUUAGGUUAAAUAUUGUAUGAUAGUUGGCUAGUUUUAGUUGAAGAUUAAGAAGAUUUUGAAUAUGGAUUAAAAAUUUCAGUCACUAGAUCAUUUAAGAUAGCUAGUGUUAGCAGUGAAGAAAUCCUGUCAGGUUACAUAAUGUUGGAUAGAUAGCUAGUUUUAGCAGUGAAGAUGUUAUACAUUUGUAAAUAUGAUUUAAAAAAUACUGAUUGGUCAAAUUUAGAUUAAUCUGGUCUAGUUAAUGUAGGCGGUAUAACAGCACACAUUUAUGAAUAUGAAAAUCUUCUCAGAAAUGUUGCCAGUUGGUUAUUUUUUUAAGAAUGCUAGCGUUAGCAGUGAGGAAAUCCUGUCAAGUUGAAUAGUUAGCUAAUUUUAUUAGAGGUUUAUGAACCAUUUAUGAACAUGACUUCAAUCAUCAUUCAAAAAUUUAUCUCGGAAAUACUGUAAGGUUGGUGUUAGUUGAAAAAAAAUAUAAAUAUUUCUGAAUAUGAUUAUAAAAUCUGUCGAGUGCAGCACCACGGCUACAGAUCCCACAGUGAAAAGGCAACGCUUGCUGCGCGCGCCCGCUCCCUGGCAUCGGCGGCGCGCACCGGCCACGCGCAGCAGUACACGCGCUCGUUCACGACAUGAAGUUUGUUAUCAGGAAAAGUUAAAUCACUGAAGCUGCGUCUUACACAAAAACACACAACACACACAAUGUCAACAGAUGUGGAGUGUCUGAGGCGAAGGUCCACGGUUGAUAGUUCAGAACUCCUGUGGGACCAUGAGCACAGAUUUCUUCGCCGUAGCUCCCAGUGUGACAGACUGUGUGUGGCCAGCAUUCAUCCCGAGAUGGUCGAUACUCCUUCACCCUGUGGCUCACACCAUAUCAUCCAUCACACGCCAAAAUGCCUCUCGGCUCACAGACUCUCCGUACAAUCACGCGGUACUGACGACGCCUGGCAGGAAGCGAGUCUGAGGACCACCAUCCGCGCCGAGAACGAAGUAGAGGCACACAAACUGGUCAAUAACUACAUGUUUGGUUUCAGAAAGUGGAAGAGUCAUGUUACAGAGCGUCCGAUCGAGGACAGAUCAGACCAGGUGAAGGAGUUAUACUCUGAGCAGAUCUUCAUCAAACCCUAUACAGGCUCGCUGAUCAGCUUUGGCAACGUCGCCUAUGCGCUUUUGUUUGGCUGGUGGAUCUCUUUAGCUUAUUUUCUUGUUAGCUUACUGAUGUUUUGCACCAUCAUUGCGAUUCCACAUGGGAAACUCUGUUUCAAGUUGUCAGGUUAUUUAUUGUGGCCCUUUGGGAAAGCGUUACAAAAGACUAGCAGUCUGGUACGGAAAUGCUGCGUUAAAUUCCCCCACUGUGAAGCAAUUCCAGAAGAAGCGGGUGAUGUGAAGGAAUCUCCGGAUAAUGUGAAGGAGUCCACACCUCUGAUGAGUUCCCCACCUGUCACUAAAGAUGGCCCACCUCCUCCUCCUCCUCAGAAGCGCUCUUACUGGUGUUGUGUGAGCACGUAUGUUUGGCUCGUGCUUGGUUACGUUCCUCUUGCUGUAAUCCACUCCCUGGCCUGCUUCCUCUCCUGGAUGAUGGUCUUCACCAUCCCUGUUGCUAAAAUGAACGGCAGGAUCCUCAGCAUCGUCCUCUUCCUGCCACCUGACGAGAUUCAGGUUCGACCGGUGAAGAACCCUCAAAAUUGUGAAACGAGGGUUCUCCUGUGCUGCUACCGUGCCUUUAACUGGUACUACUACAAGUACACAGUGGACGGUAUCAACGUCUUCGCCGUCAACCUGCUUUCCCUCGUCAUCAUCGCUCUGGUGAUUGGUUAUGUGGACCGUGAUAAUACUUUUGUUAGGUCUGAGGUGAAGUUUACCACAGCUGUGACCUCAAUCAUCCCCCUGUCUUACUACAUCGGCAUGGGUAUAGCCAGUAUCUCGGCUCAGAGUAACUUUGCAGUGGGAGCAGUAGUGAACGCCACGUUCGGUUCCAUCACUGAGAUGACCUUCUACAUCACCGCCCUGCUGCAAGGUCAUCGCAUCGGGAACAAAUGUUACGGAGAGAUCGUUAAAGCUGCUCUCACAGGGACCCUGCUCGGAUGCAUCCUCUUUAUUCCGGGUUUGUGUAUGAUCAUCGGGGGCUGCAAGCACCGCGAGCAGAGAUUCAACAGCCGAUCAGCCGGAGUCAGCUCUGCCCUGCUCUUCAUUUCAGUCGGAGGUGUUUUUGCUCCAACACUGUUCUCUAAAGCGUACGGGAACCUGGUGUGUGACAGCUGCAGUAAUCCGUCUGGUAACAUGACCGGACCCUUCAUCUGCACGGACUGCCACUAUGAUCUGAGUGAGAACAACCGCUCCUUGUUCCUGAGUCAUAUUGAGCCUCUGGUGUAUACGGUCUCCGUGCUUCUCCCUGCUGCGUAUCUCAUCGGUUUGAUCUUCACACUGAAGACGCACACACACAUCUACGACAUCCACGUCAGCGACGCACACUGCCAUGUGGCAAGUGACCAUGAUCCAGUGGUGCACUGGUCCAGAUGGAGGGCUUUGGUGGUCCUGAUCGUGGCCACGUUCCUGACAGCAGCCUGCGCAGACCUCACCACCGAGCACAUCAAACCCAUCAUCUGUCACUCCAGUGUCUCGCAGUACUUUAUUGGUGUUACUGUGCUGGCGAUGGUUCCUGAACUUCCCGAAAUAGUCAACGGGAUCCAGUUCGCCCUGCAGAAUAACAUUAGUUUGAGCCUGGAAGUCGGAAAUUGUAUCGCUGUGCAAGUCUGCAUGCUUCAGAUUCCACUAUUGAUCUUAUUCAAUGCUGUUUAUGACGUUGGAUUUGUUCUCAUAUUUAGCGACUUGCACCUGUGGGCGAGCAUCUUCAGUGUCAUCCUGGUCAAUUACAUCUUCAUGGAUGGAAAGUGUGACUAUUUCCAGGGAACGGCUCUGGUGGUUGUCUACCUCAUCCUCCUGGCGUUGUACUUCUUCGCUCCGUCUCCCCGUGGCUGCUGAUCAUCCAGAAGUUUUUCACCGCGUUGUAUUUUUCUCUCGUUUUCCAGAAGAGAGUUUUUGUUUGUACUUACACUAGUUCAUCUCCUUACUUCACCGUACUUCGGGUAUUUCAGGUGACACUUUUCCUUGUGGAAAUGUAAUCGUUUUUCGAAUCGUUGUGUGUAUGUGUAUUGCAGAUUUAUAUAUUAAUUGUGUCUGGAAAAAGAAUACAAUCCCACCUUUAGCUAUGUGUUAAGCACUUAAAGAGGAUAUUUCCUUAUUAGAUUCUAUCCUCUGUGGCAAUAAAUCUGUCACAAGAAAAAUGUUAUACUUAAACAUUCAUUUAAAAAAUACAAAAUAUUAAACUAUUCUUGAUGGAGGUUUAAGUGGGACAGGGGACUGUGUUGAGUAUCCUGUACCCCCGUGGUUCCCCUAAAUAUAACAUAAUGUUUGUGAAUCUGUGUGCGUGACUGGUGACAUGAUAAUCAUGAGUAGCUGAAUUUCACAGGAGCACUGACUAGGCCAGAACAGAAGUUCCACAAGUUCCAUUAAAAUUUAGAAUAAUAGGAUAACAAAAAUUGAUUAAGUAAAGAACAAAACAAUUGCAGGUGUGUUGUUAUAGGGAAAUAAUCAACAGUGGGGUGGUGUGAUCUGGCCGGGCACAAAAUGAAGUUCCUGCUACCACUCGAAGUUGAUUGUGAUGUGCUGUUAUUCAAAAACAAAGUGUUAUUGCUCUUGAAGUUACACACAUCAAAUUAGUUCCUGUUAUCACUUACAUUUUAGCAGCUAUAAAAAGUCAUUCUUUCACUUUUUCUUGAAGUCAGUAAGACAAACAUGUAGCUUGUUAGUGAGAAACCACAAAACACGUCAUCAUCUGUCCUGAAGAUUUUCCUGUCUCAGAAAACUUAGUUACAGCUUUGUCUUUGACUGAUACAAAGCGCUGACACUGGAGACUCCUUCCACUGCAGAUUAUGCGGACAGAUGCAGGGCUGUUUCUUGCUAUAAGCAGUCAC